CUGUUUUACAGUUGAGAGUGACAGUCAGCUUCAGAGCCCCCUGGUAGUAAUUCAAGACAAAUGGGAGCUUGAGCCAGGCAGCCUAACUAUUGGACACAGGAUUGGAAAAGGAUCCUUCAGUCAAGUGAACAUGGGACGCACGGGGGAGAGAAUCGUUGCUGUGAAGACAUGCAAAGAUAACACGCAGCAUGGCCGGAAGGUGCUCAUGAAUGAGACAUCUGUGAUGAAGCAGCUAGGAGCACACCCUAACGUCAUCGGCCUCAUUGGAGCCAUCACUGUCACUGAACCUAUCACACUCAUCACAGAAUAUGCUGGUAGUGGAAGCUUGCGCAACCUGCUCAGGAAACUACAUAUGGAGGGAGAUCUGAUGUCAACUGGAGGGAGAAUGGUUAUAAUUUACACCGGUGUGGACAGCCUUGGAAGACAGGAACAAAUCCAAGCAACUGCAGUCACGUUGCUUGGCUGGGCAUGGCAAAUUGCCAAUGGCAUGACGUACGUGACAGAGAAGGGCUUCAAUCACGGUGACGUCACUGCAAGAAACAUUCUCGUAACAGAUCAGGGAACGGUGAAGCUCUGUGACUUCAGUCACUCACAGUCAAGCCAGGCUGGAAUUAUGUCAGAUACACAUACUAUUCCCGUCCAAUCCGCUGCACCAGAGAUACUUCAAACUGGACAGCGGUCAGAGGCUUCUGACGUCUGGGCGUUCGGUGUACUGCUAUGGGAAAUAACGACGCUUGGCAACGAGCUCUAUUCGGGAAUUAAGGAAGAAGACAUGCUGCCGUAUCUUCUGGAUGGAAAUAGACUCAAGCAGUCAGACUACUGUUCCACCCAGCUAUAUGAACUGAUGCAGAGUGCUUGGGAACUCGUACCUAGUGAACGACCAAGCUUUCGGCAGCUGCAGCAGGAACUACAGACAAUGAUCUCGUCUGCUCACAAACACAUAGACCUGAUGGUAGUCCAUACGCCUGGAGCAAUGCUGAGUGAGAACGACUGCACCACCUCUAGCUGUCGAUCCAAGCAAGAAACGUCCACACAUCAGUGUUCUCAGAACAACAGCAUCUAUGACAGACAUAUGUCUUUAAAUGAGAGCUAG